AUGUUACCUGUAGAUUUAAAUUCGGACAGUUUUUUACCGACAAAACAGUUGUUGCUGAUCCAUAAUCUGAAGAUAUGGAUGAAGACAAAUAUUCUUACUAGAAGAAAAGAUAUAUUGUGUUACAGUGAUAGACCGAAAAACAUUCCUAUCAUUAAUAAUAUGCGUUUGGCACUAUUUUCUACAAACUACUACAAGGAUUACAAAAUUUAUAUAGAUGAUGUAUCUGAUUCUCAACCUGAAGUGCUCAGUGAUGAUAUCAUUGAAUGUCAAAAUACUGAGAAUUAUAGCACAGAACUUCCUGAUCGAAUAAAACUGAUGAGCAGCAAAGAAGUUAUGAAGUGCCGAAAAGUUAAAGCUGUACUGCGAUAUCACACACCAAACAAAAGUAAAGAGCCUGAAAAAUAUUUUCACCACCUUCUCGUGUUGUAUUUCCCAUGGCGUAAUGAAAAUGAACUUCUAGGUACAAGACCAGACUUAUGUUUCCAAGUUCUAUGAGCCAGAUAUUCAAUCGAUAGUACAACACAACAAAGAAAUAUUUGAGCCAGAUAGUGAUGCUAUUAAUGAAGCAUUAGAAACUCUACGAAACUCUGAUGGUAUGCCAGCUCGCUCAUAUGAUCCAAUAAAUGACCAAGAAAAUGAAGAGAUGCGACAAAGGUUACCUAAUGAUGCCAAUGAACCAGAAUCAUUUAAUAAAUCAUUGCCCCAACAUCUUGAACCAAAUCCUGAAUUAGCUCAGCGAUCAUCUGGUAUAAUUUCCUACAAUCAACCCUCAGAUAUCAGUGAUGAUGAUCUACGAAAAACUGUAAGAUCAUUAAACAGCGAACAAUACUAUGCAUAUGACUUGGUUCUUUCCUGGUGUAGAAAUAAAAUGGCAAAUCUAAACACUCGUAAACCUUCCAAAAUAGAUCCAAUACAUGUUUUUGUUACUGGAGGCAGAGGUGCAGGGAAAUCACACUUGAUUAGAGCUAUACAUCACACUGUUACAAAAACAUUUAGACAUGCUCCCUUGAAUCCUGAAUUACCUUCUGUGCUGCUAAUGGCUCCAACUGGUGUGGCUGCUAUUAAUAUAAGUGGAACAACUGUCCACACAGCUCUAGCAAUUCCACGAGAAUGUGGCAAUAGUGUACCUGCAAUGUCAGAUCAGAAAAGAACACAAAUGAGACUAUCCUUGGCUGAAUUGAAACUAAUAAUAAUUGAUGAAAUAUCAAUGGUAUCAAACAUUGGUCUGUUGCAUAUUCACCAAAGAUUGAAAGAGAUAUUUGUUACACCUAGUAGUGAACUUUUUGCAGGAAUCAGUAAACUUGCUGUUGGUGACUUUUUUCAGUUACCACCAAUCCGAAGUGCAACUGCCUUUUCAAAUUAUAUGAAUGAUGCAUUUAAUUUGUGCCAUCCAUGGCAUGUCUUUAAAAUGGCUGAACUAACACAGAUCAUGAGACAAAAAGAUGACAUUUACUUCACACAACUAUUGAAUAGAGCCCGCACUGCUUCACACACAGACGAUGAUAUCACGUGUUUUCAAUCUAGAGUAAUUACUGCAGAUGAUGAAAAUUAUCCAUCAGAUGCGUUACAUAUCUUUGCAGAAAAUGCACCUGUGGAUGAGUAUAACCUUGAUCGUUUAGAAAAGAUUCCAUCACCCCAUUACAUAUUAAAAGCUGUGGAUCAAUUCCCACCCCAUGUUAGAAAACAGGAUAUAGAAAGAGUAUUGUCUAAAGGUAGAUCUCAAACUGGAGGACUUGAUACUGAAAUUAUGAUCAAGGAAAAUGCAAGAGUUAUGCUUACAAAUAAUGUAGAUAUCAUAGACCGAUUAAUAAAUGGCCAGUUAGGUACAGUGGUCAGAGUUGCUGUUGACAGUGUAAGCAAUAAACCCUCUACUAUUUUUGUUAAAUUUGAUGACAGAAAUGCUGCAAUUUCUGCUAUUCAAAAGUCCCCCAGUACUUUUGCAAGAGAAAACAGUGUUGUUCCCAUUCAACCUGUGCUAGCAAGAAUUAAAGUCAGACCUGGAAAGCCAUCAUCUCCUGAAAUACAAAGACUACAAUUUCCUUUAACUCUUGCAUGGGCAUGCACUGUGCAUAAAGUACAAGGAUUAACUCUGGACAAUAUUGUUGUUAGUUUUGAUUUAAAAAGGUAUUUUAACCAUGGUCAAGUGUAUGUAGCACUGAGUCGAGCAACAUCUUUAAAUGGCCUACAUAUUCUAGGAACUCUUGAAAAUAAGCAUAUUCGAGCAAAUCCAAAAGUCCAGGAAGAAUAUGAAAGAUUGCGCGAAAUUUCAAAUCUCCAACCACAACUAACAACUGCAGACUUAUCUAACAAAGAAACUUUCUCUAUUUGUAUUUUGAAUAUCAGAUCAUUUAAGAAACACAGUUUGGACUUAAUUAGUGACCCAAUCUUGUCAAAAUGUGACAUACUUGCACUUACAGAGACGCAGCUUUCAAGCAAUGUUGAAAAUUGUGAAAUGAAUUUGAUUCUAAAAGAUUUUUCUCUGCACAGACAAGAUCAUCAUUCUGAUAAGUUCUUAAGUUUAGCUGUCUGCUACAAAGAAACUGUUACACUUGAUGAAACAGAAUAUUUCAGUUCAAUAAAUGGUUUAAAAUUUGUAAUUUAUAUAUCAGGUAAUAAUUUAUCUUUAUCCUGCUUAUUACUUUAUCGUAAGCAUGGAGGUAACAUUCAGCAGUUCAUAGCUGGCCUAGAUUACAUAAUAAGAAGCUGUGAUAUUGAUAUUAUAUUUGGUGAUUUUAAUAUUGAUUAUUUUAAUGAUAACAGUAAUUCUUCAUUGAAAGAACUUGCUGAGUCUUUAAACUAUGUGCAACUUGUAAAUAAACCAACAGUUAUUUCAUCCGGAAGUCUUCUAGAUCAUGUUUAUGUAAAACAGUCAAUAUGCAACACAAUAGAAGCAAAUGUUGUAAGUGUAUAUUAUUCUGACCAUGAGGCUGUUAAGGUUAGUGUGAGGUCUUAA